GCGACAAACUUCAACUCAGUUACGCUCGCACCGUCAGUCUGAAAACACGUGUCGUUCGAAAAAAUCCUGUUUACAAUGUUGUGCUAAAAAAAUCUAUCUUGAAAAAGAUUGACUUGCGUGAGUGAGUGAAAAAUCUCGACAAAAUGAGUACGAUUUUGGAAAAAAUCGCGGCUAUCGAGGCCGAGAUGGCCCGAACGCAAAAAAACAAAGCCACCUCUGGUCAUUUGGGUCUGCUGAAAGCGAAACUCGCGAAAUUGAGACGAGAGCUGAUUACUCCGAAAGGCGGAGGCGGAGGUGGGGAGCAAGGAUUCGAAGUUGCCAAAACCGGUGAUGCCCGAAUAGGUUUUGUAGGUUUUCCAUCUGUUGGGAAAUCAACACUUUUAAGCACCCUGGCCGGCGUUUAUUCAGAAGUAGCGGCCUACGAAUUCACAACGUUGACGACUGUUCCCGGAUGUAUAAAAUAUAAAGGAGCGAAAAUCCAGUUGCUUGAUCUUCCUGGUAUUAUUGAGGGAGCAAAAGACGGAAAGGGAAGAGGAAGACAAGUAAUAGCAGUCGCGAGAACUUGCAGUCUAAUUUUUAUCGUCCUCGAUGUUUUGAAACCCUUGGGGCACAAACGACUCAUUGAACACGAACUUGAAGGAUUUGGCCUUCGGCUGAAUAAACAACCUCCUAAUAUCACAUUUCGGAAAAAGGAUAAGGGUGGAAUUAAUCUACAGACAGUGUGCACCCAAACUGAACUCGAUCUCGAUACUGUGAGAUCGAUUCUUUCCGAAUACAGAAUUCACAAUGCGGACAUUACUUUAAGAUACGAUGCAUCUUCGGAUGAUUUAAUUGAUGUGAUUGAAGGAAAUCGAGUUUAUGUCCCUUGCAUUUAUCUACUCAACAAAAUAGAUCAAAUUAGUAUUGAGGAAUUAGACGUCAUUUAUAAAAUACCCCAUUGUGUCCCUAUUUCGGCGCAUCACAAAUGGAACUACGACGAUUUAUUGGAAAAAAUGUGGGAUUACUUGCAGCUUGUCAGAAUUUACACAAAACCAAAAGGUCAACUUCCAGAUUACAGUUCGCCAGUCGUUUUGAAUACAGAGAGAAGAACCGUCGAAGAUUUUUGCAACAAGCUUCAUCGGACAAUCGCGAAAGAAUUCAAAUACGCACUCGUUUGGGGUUCAUCCGUGAAGCACAUGCCGCAAAAAGUAGGAAAGGAUCACGUCUUGUGCGACGAGGACGUUGUACAAAUUGUCAAAAAAGUGUAAUUUUAUCAUCACAAUUUAUAUUUUUACUGCCAAGCUCACUCCGCUUUGCAGAAAAAAUGGAAUAUCGGCUAUUUGAGAACGCCAAUAAUAAUAAGUACUGGUUUAAUUCUUUA